UUUUCGUUUUGCCCUUUUCCCCCCAUUCAACACUUCGGAUUUGCUCCUUCUCUCUCUAUACCUCUUCCUUUACUUCGCGAGAGUCUCUUCAGACUCUGCCCUCUAUUUGAUUCCCUUGAGAUCGGUUUGUGAGGAAGACAGACAGAGAUGGUGAAGGAAGAAAGUGGAAUGAUGACGAUUCACAUACAGAUUAAGGAAGCCGGAAUAGGCCAACGGCGGCGGAAACUCAGCUUUACAACGGAGAAGAGUCUCCCCUUGCGAAGGAUCUUUCUCGACUUCUGCUAUCAACUCAACCUCGAUUAUGACGACAUUCGCUUUCGUUUUGAUGGCAGGCGACUAAACAAAGACAAAAGUGCAGAGGAAUGUGAAAUAGAAGACGGUGGUGUCAUCGAGGCUUUCCGUUGUCUAUGUGGUGGUGAAGAAAGCGGAUUGAUCACGAUUCACAUACGGAUUGAGCAGUUCGGAAAAGGCCAACGGUGGCGGAAACUGAGCUUUACAACGGAGAAGAGUCUCCCCAUGCGAAGGAUCUUUCUCGACUUCUGCGAUCAACUCAACCUCCGUUGUAAUGACUUUGCCUACAUUCUUGUUGCCAGGAACGAAGCCAGGUCACUAGACAAAGACAAAACUGCAGAGGAAUAUGGAAUAGAAGACGGUGAUGUCAUCGACGCUAUCCCUCAUAUGUAUGGUUGAGUGUGAUCUCCUCGUCUUCUUAGUUAUCUCUCUCUAAUUAGGGUAUAUAGGUGGAGUUCCAUUUAUAUGUAAUCCAUAACAUCUCUAUCAAGUUAUGGUUAGUCAGCAGCAAAAAGAAAAAAAAUUGUGAUAUUUAUCAAAACUACCUAUACAUUCAUGGAUCACACUUCACUGCCAUUUCAAUA